AUGGAUGCCGCCAAUUCGCCGCCGUCGUACUCGCUCAGGUCGAAGAAACAGCCGCAUUCACCCGCCCCGUCGGAUCCGAAGGCGCGGAGAGCUCCCGAGCCCGACCCGAAUCCAUGGGGGGUGCAAACGCCCGGGAAGCCGGCGGAUCCCCCGAGGCGGCUGCGCAACCGUGGCGCGGCCAUGUCCAUCAAGGAAAUCAGGGAGGCGGCCAUGAAGCUCCGGGGACGCAGAUCCGACCCGUCUGAAGAGAUUGUGCCUGUGGUUGAAUCCAAAGUCGAGCCAGUGGCUAAGUCGAAGAAGAAGCCUUCUGUGUCAGAGAUCAAGCUUCUUGAGAAGUAUGAGUUGUUGGAUAAAUUCUUCAACAGCUUGGAUAGCUCAAUCAGACUACUACACUUGAAGGGAUCUGCCCCAAUAUUUGCUAAUAUUAGUUCCCAAGUAGAAAGUUUAACUGACAGGAGGUUCACAUAUAGUCAUUUAGCCCAAUUGAAGUUCAUCAUGCCUGAGGCAAUUAUGUUGGAGAAAGUCUUGCGGCACGACGAGCGCACGAGCUGCAUGAGACCUGACCUCCGCAUCACGUUGAAUGCUGAAGCAGUCGAAAGCAAGAACACGUCUCAAUCUCUUAGCGGAAAUUUGAGGUUGAGGAAGGUUUUCCGAAGCCGGCUUCUGGAUUUUUUAAAGUCUCAUACAGAGGGUGAAGAAGUGCCAGAGGGACCUCUGCCAGAACCUUUUAGUCGACCGAAGAAAAAUGCAAGUGAAAAUUCGGUACAACCAUCAACUUCAAAUUCAAUUACCGAGACACCACUAUUCGGAAGACAACUAUUAGCAUCAUCACUUCUGCCUCCUUCGUUUAAACCCCGCUUCUCACAAAGAGCUUCCAUCCAUAGCAUAGAAGUUUCUAAGCAAGACAAAUCACUGGUGUUGGAAGAAAAUUGUCUUCAACUUUCUUCAAAUUCUCAAUCCAAAUUACCUCUUAACUCUCCACAUAGUGAAAACUGCUCUUCAGGCAGUGCUUCUUCAGACAGUAACCAGUCGCCCCUUCAUGAAACACCGGUCAAAUGUGUGAAAUCUGUUGAGACAGUGUCUGUACUAAGCACACCAGUGGGCCCCAACUCGACUCCUGCUAAGCUGAGGAGUGCCACACCUGCCCUCCGUCCACCAAAGAGAAGUCAAAUGAGCCCUGAUGAUAGCUCGUGUAGAUCACCAAGCAAACUUAUCAGGCGGCCACCCCCAAAUAGGCCUCUGAAGUUCGACACCCCUGUAAAGAACUCGAAAGUUAAUCUUGAGCUUGAUAGAAGCGAAAGUAGAUCAAAUGGUGGUGAUGACAUUUUGGACAUUCUCCCAGAUGCUCUCGUACAAUCGAUACGUGAGAAGGAGAGGCUAGCCGCAAUCGAACAGGACCCAGCAAUAUCUCGAGCAAAAUCGAGGCAGAAAAUGAUAGCUAGCUUGCCCAAGCGGUUUGAUACAAUCUACUACUUAUUUCAAUCAAUGGGUCGUUCAGUGGUCACUAAAGAGGAACUUAUCCAGAAAAUCGUGACUGGUGAUUUGAAAGUCACUGAUAGAAAUGAGGUUGAGGAGCAACUUACAUUGCUACAAGAACUGGUUCCUGAGUGGAUUUACGAGAAGUCGAUAACGAGUGGGGAUCUCCUUAUAUGUGUUAACAAAAUCUCGAGUCCUGAGGCGAUACGCACAAGGCUGUCCGAGGCCAAGUGA